AUGGCAGGAGUUGCAACUGGUCGUGGACGUGGAUCUCGAGGUCGCCCAGUGAAGUGUGGUAGCCAUGGACUGAUAGCUGAUUCCUCUGCUCCUCCCAGUGCCAGCCCACCUGCCAGCACCGGAUCAGCUCCAGCACUCAAGAUGCCUACUAUACACUGGGAGAAGAAGAACAGUCCAUGUACCGCUUGCCUUAUCGAGUGGUGCAAAAUCAACCAAGAUGCUCGACUAAAAAUAUUCUCUGAUUCUGCCAAGGAUGCGAAGGAGGAAGGGCACACACGUCAGCAGAUGACCACUCAGAAGAACACUUAUAUGCAGCAGCUCGCAGCAUCUGUUUUCGCAGGCGAUGAAGAUCCGAAGACAGGUGCUGGACUUUCAUUUGAGGAGCUCAAUGAGAAUGAGAAAACAAGGACACUUCUUGACCGCCUCUUGCAGACAUUCCCAUGGUGGGUUGACCUCCACGGGUGGUGGAGAACCAAUCCCGCCUAUAAUACAUCAUUUUUGACUGCCGACCCGGGUCAGGAUUUCUCGGCUGAGGCGAUGGAUGUCUUUGGUAAAGGGAAAGGGAAAGAGAAAGAGACUCUGGAUGAUGCAGAUCGUGAGGAUGACGAGGGAGGGGAUGCAGGUGCUCUCAACAGGGACCUUGAGCCGGGUGAAAUUUUGGAUGGUGAGGCCGAUAAAGAUGAUGAUCCUCCUGCGCGAGUUGAUGAUUCUAGGUUACACAUGUUCUGUGAUGAUGAAGGUUUAGGCUGGGAUAGCCCAGACGAUACCUCUGACUCUCUGUCUUCACGCUUCCCUUGCCCUCAACUUCCCUGGGCACCGUCAUCUGCUUCUUCGACUCAUUUUCAACCAUCUAACCUUCACCACUACCAACACCCAUUCAUCACCCAUCUUGACACAACGCAGCAAAGCAUUUCACCACUAGGACCCAAUGAGAUCUCCCUCAACUCCCCUGAACGAGCAGAUAGGCCCAAAUACCCCUUGCCAUCCACCAAUACCACCAGUAGCAAAGCCAGAGCUGCAUCUGUGCAGAUGGAUACCUCUGAGGACUCUGACACUGCUGCAAGCCGCAUGAUGAAAUCACUUACCAUGCAUUUGCGCAAGGCCAGCCUUGGUGUUCGUACUUCUCAUACUUCCGGUGGUCAUGUAUCAUCUGAUCAAGACUCGGAUCAAUCACCAACUACAUCUCAUAACCGAUCAGUAUCUCGCAAACGGCCACGAGACCCAACAGCUGAGCUCACAAUGAAACUGAAUGAGGCGUCAGAUACACUUGUUCAGCACAUACAUGAGACGUCCACAGUCAAGGCCGACCACAAACGCCUCAAGCUAGAGACCCAAUUGGCAAGCAGAGAGCUAAAGAUGCGUGAAUCUCACACUGAGCGUGAACAUGGACUCCGGAGCACAAUAGCCAUUCAAAACCACGAGCGUGCAAUGGCAGAUGAACGGACAAAGCAGCUGGAAUUGGAGAUCAAGCUCGAGCAAGUGAGGUUGGAACGUUUGAUUAUGGAAAAAGAUUUGGCUCGUCAGGAUUCCAGUGCUGAGAAUCACAACUAA